AUGGAGCGGAAGGUCGUGGCGGUGUGCGCGGUGGUCGGCUUCCUCGGCGUCCUCUCGGCGGCGCUCGGAUUCGCGGCGGAGGCCACCCGCGUCAAGGUUUCGGAUGUUCAAACAAGCGGUACUCCUGGUAAAUGCAUAUACCCAAGAACCCCAGCCUUAGCGCUUGGUUUAAUAUCUGCCGUCUCUCUUAUGCUCGCCCAGUCCAUCAUAAACACAGUCGCUGGUUGCUUCUGUUGUAAGAGGCAUCCUGUUCCCUCAGACACUAACUGGAGUGUAGCCCUGAUUUCAUUCAUCAUAUCCUGGUGUACUUUCAUUAUCGCAUUCCUUCUCCUGCUGACUGGAGCUGCCCUGAACGACCAGAGAGGCGAGGAGAACAUGUACUUUGGUAGCUUCUGCUACGUCGUGAAGCCAGGGGUCUUCUCCGGGGGAGCGGUGCUAGCCCUUGCCAGCGUGGCGCUGGCCAUAGUCUACUACGUCGCUCUGUCAUCGUCCAAGGGUCCUCCGCCGACGUUCGCAACCCCACAGAACCAUGGCAUCGCGAUGGGUCAGCCUGUGAUCCCGCAGCAGAGCAGUGAACCGGUGUUUGUCCACGAGGACACUUACAAUCGGCGGCAGCAGGUCUCGUGA